UGAAGCUUCGCCGCCAUCGCUGCCGUCUACACGCUUGUAGGGUGGGGAAAGUAGCGACAAAAUGGCAACUCCAGGACAGAAGGAGAGAGAGGCAGAGCUUCACUCAGUCCUCAGAGCGGCAAACCUGUUAGACUACUACCCUAGCUUCCUCGAACAAGGAGGAGACGAUGUACAACAGUUUUGCGAUGCGAGCGAAGAUGAGUUUAAAGAAAUCGUCGCGUUGGUUGGCAUGUCGACGAAGCCACUUCACACUCGAAGGCUGCAGAAAGCUUUGGUGGAAUGGAAAAGCAAACGAGGCAAUUCUCCGGAGCGAAUCAGUCCCGGAUCUUGGAUGGACAAGUGGACUUCUUCGCCUCAAGUCAAUCGAACUCCUCAGUCAAGCAAUUCAUCGCCUGUUACUACUGCAACAACGUCGACAAGUGCUGGAAGAAAGCGGCGAAGCAGCUCGGGUGCCGGCAAAGGCGGUCCAGAGAAACGAGUUGUGGAGCUGAAGCUCCCGCCGAUGGAGGUCAUUAUCGACUGGGAAAAACUCGAUCCUGAACGACAGCAGUUGAUCCGAGAUCAUUCGCGAAUUUACGGUCGAGAUAUCAAGAAGCGCAAGACUAAUACUCUGAACUCACACGAACAAAUGAUCAAUGAAGCCGCAGCACAGCUUUGUCUUCGAGAUCCGACACUUCUAGUUCGACGUGAUGAAUUGUUUACAAUGGCCAGGCGAGUUGUUCGUGACAGUGGUUUCACCUUUGUGCAUGGUCACUCAAGAUCCAAGUUUGUCUCCGAAUCAGACGACGAAAUGGAUGGUGCAAAAAAGACUCAAGUAUCUCAGGCAAACAAACUCAAAAGAGAGGAGCGAUUGACUGAAAUUGAUGAUCUUAUGCAGAACAACAAAGAAUUACAAGAGCAAAUAAUGCAGAAACUGGAUGAAGCAAGAUCAUUGAAUGCAACUGCAGAGAUAAAUGAGCUUCAGUCUGACCUCAAUAAGCUGCAGAGCCAACAAAUUUCACUACAGAUGGAACACAAAGAGUUGAAGAAAAAACAGCGACGAUCAGAAAGAUAUUACACAAACAAACAGACCAAGGACUCUGGAUCACAGGGCAACAGUGUUCAGGAAGAGGAUGUGGACAUGGUUGGUGAUGUAUCAUUACAGGGUGACCUUUCAGCAGAUGACCCCUCUGAAGAAGGUCUUCAUCCUGAGAAUACAGAGGAGGAGACACAGGUUACAACGGUUGAACAGUCCAGGACAGUGACAGUACCAGAAGCUGUGGUCACCCAGAUAUUACCACCAGCUACAGGUAUCCCAACAACAUCAAGCAGUGCUACAAUCAAUCUUCCUCAGCGUCAAGAAGCACUGAACCCAGAGGAGGAGUCGUCAGUAAGGGCUUUGUACACUGCUUUUAUGCCACAGCACCUACAGACUGAAGUUGUCCAGCAAGUUCAACAGCAAGGGGAAGGAGGCCACAUAAUACCUGCAUAUCCAUCUGCACUUGUCAGUGCUGCUGUGUCAUCAGAUCCCACGAUCAAUGCUUUACUGAGUCUUGGUGCUAAGGAUAAGGUUCUGCUGCCAGGGAUGUUGCCACCUGGUGUGUCUGUGGCUACAGUUCCAGUGACCACAGGUGUGGCUGUUGCAACAACAAGCAUGACACCUAAUAUCACUGUGGUGAUGCCUGGUCAGCCAAUGACAGGCAAUGUUCCUUGGUCCUAACCUGGCUGUGGCUAACAAGCUCUUCCAGCAAGGAGCUUAAAAUGUAUUUACAGCACUGGCUGUAAAUGUAUCUUAAAAUAGUGACUUGAAAAGUGACUAAAUAACCAGCAUGUGAUUUUGUAAGUAGUGUGCAACAUGUUUCAGUACCCCCUAACAUGGGGUGGGAGAAGUCAAACAUUUCUUUUUCUGGGCAGUUGUUUUUAAUCAAGUGUAGGGAGGAUUUGUUGCCUCCAGCCUCCUUGUUAAGACUUAGAAAUCUAAUAUGUCAUUACUUCAGCAGUUUCUCCCUGCCUACUCCUUAAAGGCAGGAGACUAAUCCUCAUUAAGGUACCCUUAGUUUUUGCCCAGGUACCCAUGACAGUUACAAUCAGCAGGUUAUGGAACAGAACGGUAUCUGUUCAAUUUAUAUGCACUGUACUCACAGGAAACUGUGCAGCUCUAGAUAAUAGGUUGAUGAUAAGAUGUUGAAUGGUGUAGUGUUUUGUUUGUUUGUUUGUUUUUUUUACCAGCCGGUUACCUUUGUACAGUUUAGUGUUAGUGGUCAGGUUGGAAAAAUUCUAAAAAAAUUGAUGGUUGACAAAAAGGGGGCCAGUUCCAGGUACAAGUAGUUAGUGAGAUGGUGAUUAGAUAUAGGUGUUUUGACAAGAAAACAUAUUCUGAAGUAACUUUGACAAUGUCAUUUGAUUUAUGGCAAAUAAAAGUUGUGAUGGACCUAGUCUUUAAUGUUAUCUUUAUUAAUUGAUUGUUUAGGUUGAUUUUCUUGGAAAGAGCAGAGAGAGAUUUCCAUGUUCUUCCAUACUUAAUUAUGCAAACAGUUUUUUGAGAAACAAAACAAUGGCAAAAACAAUUUAAUACAUUUUGGACUAAUGCCUUACAAUAAGGUUAUACUUACUAAUGAGGUUAUACGGAAAGUUUUCCGAGAACAGUCCUCUAAAGAGUGGCUGGCAUCUACAUUGUGAUUUCCCCUUACAAUAUCGCUUACCAUAUUAAGGUCACAAGAAAGAAGGAAAACAUCACCAAAUAAAGAAGUUCUUGAUUAUUAAACAAAUUCUCCUUGUAGGAUCUGAGCAAAUGUAUAGAGAACUGUAUGGAGAAUAUGCAUACUGAUGUUAGGGUGUCAAGGGUGAAAGGAUUGUCAGUUGUGAUAGACAUUACGACAACCUCGUGAAUAUAUAUAUUCAGGGUCAGCCAGAGCAUUGUGUCUGUUGAAGU